CACUCGGCACACUAGGGGUAGGGGGCGGGCGGCAGGGCUAGCGGAGAAGGGGGGUCCAGCCCGGGCAGGUGCGGGCUCUGGCUGGGCCCGGGCGGGUUCCAGGGGCGGGGUCUCAGGUUACAACCCCGCGGGGGGCCUGGGGCGGCCCGCGGUUUGGGCGAGUUCGCCAGCCUCGAGAGGGGCCGGGCGCAUAUAACGGCGCCGCGGCGGAGAGAAGACGCAGAGCGCUGCUGGGCUGCCGGGUCUCCUGCCUCCUCCUCCUGCUCCACGGGCUUCCUGCAUGAGGGCGCGGUAGAGACCCGGACCCACGCCGUGCUCCUGCCGCCUCGCUGCGCUCCGCCCGGGCCCGGCUCCGCCAGGCCCCGCGGUGAGCCAUGAUCCGCCUCGGGGCUCCCCAGACGCUGGUGCUGCUGACGCUGCUCGUCGCCGCUGUCCUUCGGUGUCACGGCCAGGAUGUCCAGAAGGCUGGCAGCUGCGUGCAGGAUGGGCAGAGGUAUAAUGAUAAGGAUGUGUGGAAGCCCGAGCCCUGCCGGAUCUGUGUCUGUGACACUGGGACUGUCCUCUGCGACGACAUAAUCUGUGAAGACCUGAAAGACUGCCUCAGCCCCGAGACCCCCUUCGGAGAGUGCUGCCCCAUCUGCUCCACCGACCUCGCCACUGCCAGUGGGCAACUGGGACCAAAGGGACAGAAAGGAGAACCUGGAGACAUCAAAGAUAUUGUAGGACCCAAAGGACCUCCUGGGCCUCAGGGACCUGCAGGUGAACAAGGACCCAGAGGUGAUCGUGGUGACAAAGGUGAAAAAGGUGCUCCUGGACCUCGUGGCAGAGAUGGAGAGCCUGGGACCCCUGGAAAUCCUGGGCCCCCUGGUCCUCCUGGUCCCCCUGGUCCCCCUGGCCUUGGUGGAAACUUCGCUGCCCAGAUGGCUGGAGGAUUCGAUGAGAAGGCUGGUGGCGCCCAGAUGGGAGUCAUGCAGGGACCAAUGGGCCCCAUGGGACCUCGGGGACCUCCAGGCCCUGCUGGUGCUCCCGGACCUCAAGGAUUUCAAGGCAACCCUGGAGAGCCUGGAGAGCCUGGCGUGUCGGGUCCCAUGGGUCCCCGAGGUCCUCCUGGCCCCCCUGGAAAACCUGGUGAUGAUGGUGAAGCUGGAAAGCCUGGAAAAUCUGGCGAGAGAGGCCCUCCUGGCCCUCAGGGUGCUCGCGGCUUCCCAGGAACCCCAGGCCUUCCUGGUGUCAAAGGUCACAGAGGUUACCCAGGUCUAGAUGGUGCUAAGGGAGAAGCUGGUGCUCCAGGCGUGAAGGGUGAGAGUGGUUCCCCAGGAGAGAAUGGUUCUCCAGGCCCAAUGGGUCCCCGCGGCCUGCCUGGUGAGAGAGGACGGACUGGCCCUGCUGGCGCUGCGGGUGCCCGGGGCAACGACGGUCAACCAGGCCCUGCAGGGCCUCCGGGUCCCGUGGGUCCUGCUGGCGGUCCUGGCUUCCCUGGUGCUCCCGGUGCCAAGGGUGAAGCUGGCCCCACUGGUGCUCGAGGUCCUGAAGGCGCCCAAGGUCCUCGAGGUGAACCUGGAAAUCCUGGGUCCCCUGGGCCAGCUGGUGCCUCUGGUAACCCUGGAACUGAUGGAAUUCCUGGAGCUAAAGGAUCUGCUGGUGCUCCUGGCAUUGCUGGUGCUCCUGGCUUCCCCGGGCCCCGUGGUCCACCCGGCCCUCAAGGUGCAACUGGUCCUCUGGGCCCGAAAGGUCAAACGGGUGAGCCUGGAAUUGCUGGCUUCAAAGGCGAACAAGGCCCCAAGGGAGAACCGGGCCCUGCUGGUCCCCAAGGAGCCCCCGGUCCUGCUGGUGAAGAAGGCAAAAGAGGUGCCCGUGGAGAGCCUGGUGGUGCUGGGCCUGCCGGUCCCCCUGGAGAAAGAGGUGCUCCUGGCAACCGUGGUUUCCCUGGUCAAGAUGGUCUAGCAGGUCCCAAGGGAGCCCCUGGAGAGCGAGGUCCCAGUGGCCUUGCUGGUCCCAAGGGAGCCAACGGUGACCCUGGCCGUCCCGGAGAGCCUGGCCUUCCUGGAGCCCGGGGUCUCACGGGUCGCCCUGGUGAUGCUGGUCCUCAAGGCAAAGUUGGUCCUUCCGGAGCUCCUGGUGAAGAUGGUCGCCCUGGACCUCCAGGUCCCCAAGGGGCUCGUGGGCAGCCUGGUGUCAUGGGUUUCCCUGGCCCCAAAGGUGCCAAUGGUGAGCCUGGCAAAGCUGGUGAGAAGGGACUGCCUGGUGCUCCUGGCCUGAGAGGUCUUCCUGGCAAAGAUGGCGAGACAGGUGCUGCAGGUCCUCCUGGACCCGCCGGACCUGCUGGUGAACGAGGCGAGCAGGGUGCUCCUGGGCCAUCUGGCUUCCAGGGACUUCCUGGCCCUCCCGGUGCCCCAGGUGAAGGUGGGAAACCAGGUGAUCAGGGCGUUCCUGGUGAAGCUGGAGCUCCUGUCGUGGGUCCCAGGGGUGAACGAGGUUUCCCAGGGGAGCGUGGCUCUCCCGGAUCCCAGGGUCUCCAGGGGCCCCGCGGCCUCCCCGGAACUCCUGGCACGGAUGGUCCCAAAGGCGCAUCUGGCCCAGCUGGCCCCCCUGGGGCUCAGGGCCCUCCAGGUCUGCAGGGGAUGCCCGGUGAGAGGGGAGCUGCUGGUAUUGCCGGGCCCAAGGGAGACCGGGGCGAUGUUGGUGAGAAAGGCCCCGAGGGAGCCCCCGGGAAAGACGGCGGAAGAGGUCUGACUGGCCCCAUCGGCCCCCCUGGCCCAGCGGGUGCUAACGGUGAGAAGGGAGAAGUUGGACCUCCUGGUCCUGCAGGAACUGCUGGUGCUCGUGGCGCCCCGGGUGAACGUGGAGAGACUGGACCCCCCGGACCUGCUGGAUUCGCUGGUCCUCCCGGUGCUGACGGCCAGCCCGGUGCCAAAGGCGAGCAAGGAGAGGCCGGCCAGAAAGGUGACGCUGGUGCCCCAGGUCCUCAGGGGCCCUCUGGAGCUCCUGGGCCUCAGGGUCCCACUGGUGUGACUGGUCCUAAAGGAGCCCGAGGUGCUCAAGGCCCCCCGGGAGCCACCGGAUUCCCCGGAGCUGCUGGCCGCGUCGGACCCCCAGGCUCCAAUGGCAACCCUGGACCCCCUGGUCCCCCUGGUCCUUCUGGAAAAGAUGGUCCCAAAGGCGCUCGAGGAGACAGUGGCCCCCCUGGCCGAGCUGGUGACCCUGGCCUCCAAGGUCCUGCUGGACCCCCUGGCGAGAAGGGAGAGCCUGGAGAGGAUGGUCCCUCUGGUCCUGAUGGUCCUCCAGGUCCCCAGGGUCUGGCUGGUCAACGGGGCAUCGUCGGUCUGCCUGGACAGCGUGGUGAGCGAGGAUUCCCCGGCCUGCCUGGCCCAUCGGGCGAGCCUGGCAAGCAGGGAGCUCCCGGAGCAUCUGGAGACCGAGGUCCCCCUGGUCCUGUCGGUCCUCCCGGCCUGACUGGUCCUUCUGGUGAACCUGGACGUGAGGGAAGCCCCGGUGCUGAUGGCCCCCCUGGCAGAGAUGGUGCAGCUGGAGUCAAGGGUGAUCGUGGUGAGACUGGUGCUGCGGGCGCUCCUGGAGCCCCUGGGCCCCCUGGCUCUCCUGGCCCCGCCGGCCCCACUGGCAAGCAGGGAGACCGAGGAGAAGCUGGAGCACAAGGCCCCAUGGGACCUGCAGGACCAGCUGGAGCCCGAGGAAUGCCAGGCCCUCAAGGCCCCCGAGGUGACAAAGGAGAAGCUGGAGAGGCUGGCGAGAGGGGACUGAAGGGACACCGUGGCUUCACUGGUCUGCAGGGUCUGCCCGGCCCCCCUGGUCCUUCUGGAGACCAAGGUGCUUCUGGUCCUGCUGGUCCUUCUGGCCCUAGAGGUCCUCCUGGCCCCGUCGGUCCUUCAGGCAAAGAUGGUGCUAAUGGAAUCCCUGGCCCCAUUGGACCUCCUGGUCCCCGUGGACGUUCUGGUGAAACUGGCCCCGCUGGUCCUCCUGGAACUCCUGGCCCCCCUGGCCCCCCAGGUCCCCCGGGUCCUGGCAUCGACAUGUCCGCCUUUGCUGGCCUAGGCCAGAGAGAGAAGGGUCCCGACCCCCUGCAGUACAUGCGGGCCGACGAGGCGGCCGGCAACCUGAGGCAGCACGAUGCUGAGGUGGAUGCCACGCUCAAGUCCCUCAACAACCAGAUUGAGAGCAUCCGCAGUCCCGAGGGCUCCCGCAAGAACCCUGCUCGCACCUGCCGGGACCUGAAACUCUGCCACCCCGAGUGGAAGAGCGGAGACUACUGGAUCGACCCCAACCAGGGAUGCACUUUGGACGCCAUGAAGGUUUUCUGCAACAUGGAGACUGGUGAGACCUGCGUCUACCCCAGCCCAGCCAGCGUUCCCAAGAAGAACUGGUGGAGCAGCAAGAGCAAGGACAAGAAACACAUCUGGUUUGGAGAAACCAUCAAUGGCGGCUUCCAUUUCAGCUAUGGAGAUGACAACCUGGCUCCUAACACUGCCAACGUCCAGAUGACCUUCCUGCGCCUGCUGUCCACUGAGGGCUCCCAGAACAUCACCUACCACUGCAAGAACAGCAUUGCCUACCUGGACGAAGCUGCUGGCAACCUCAAGAAAGCCCUGCUCAUCCAGGGCUCCAACGACGUGGAGAUCCGGGCUGAGGGCAACAGCAGGUUCACGUAUACUGUUCUGAAGGAUGGCUGCACGAAACACACCGGUAAGUGGGGCCAGACUAUGAUUGAGUACCGGUCACAGAAGACCUCUCGCCUCCCCAUCAUUGACAUCGCGCCUAUGGACAUAGGAGGGCCCGAGCAGGAAUUCGGUGUGGACAUAGGGCCUGUCUGCUUCUUGUAAAAACCUGAACCCAGAAACAACACAAUCCAUUGCAAACCCAAAGGACCCAAGUACUUUCCAAUCUCAGUCACUCUAGGACUCUGCACUGAAUGGCUGACCUGACCUGAUGUCCAUUCAUCCCACCUUCUCACAGUUUGGACUUUUCUCCCCUCUCUAAGAGACCUGAACUGGGCAGACUGCAAAAUAAAAUCUCGGUGUUCUAUUUAUUUAUUGUCUUCCUGUAAGACCUUUGGGUCGAGGCAGAGGCAGGAAACUAACUGGUGUGAGUCAAACGCCCCCUGAGUGACUGCCCCCCAGCCCAAGCAAGAGGACCCCCUUCAGGUGCCGGGCGCAGGAACUGUAUGUGCCCUACACAAUGGUGCUAUUCUGUGUCAAACACCUCUGUAUUUUUUAAAACGUCAAUUGAUAUUAAAAACAAAAAAAUUAUUGGAAAGUA